CACUCAGACGUAUUAGACUCAGCUCCUGCCUAACCAAUGGCAAUGGCGUCUCAAACUGUGUGGACUCUGGUCAUGCAGAAACGGUAGGCUACAAGAACGUUGUGCCGCAAUCAGGUAUCACAGGCAAGCAGGCAGGGGGUCUCCCAGAGGUCUGACGGCGCACAGCUAAGUUGCAUAUUCAGGAUCUUCGCUGCCAGUUUCGAGCCACGCUUAGUCCCCUGCCGUAUUAACAAACGGAGGUUUCUUAUCAGCCUGUUGUUACCUAAGUGGCCCCUUAUUGCGUUUCGCUGGGCCUCUUACCAGCAUAUCAACGAGCCAAUCAGUGAGCCUUUUCCUAAGCAGUCCCGUCAGUAGAGAUCUGUUCCAUCACAAGCAAGUUCCUGUCUUUGGGUACAUUAGCCGCUCAUAGACCAACUUGCAGCUCGCCACAUACCGCCAGUCCUCAAGCAGGAUUACAAGGGAGUUGUUAUUAUAGUAGAUUGAGUAUACAGCGGGGGAUACAGCGGGUUUAGCGAGCAUUCACACCGCAUCAAAAAGAGGCGCAAUGGACCACUGUGAAUGCUUCCCGGGCUUUGGGCCCCCAGACGAUAGUCUUCUCCAAUGGCAGUAUGUCAGCGACGCUUUCAUUGCGCUGGCGUACUUCUCCAUCCCCCUCGAGCUCGUCUAUUUCGUCAAGAAGGCCACCUUCUUCCCGUACCGCUGGGUCCUCGUCCAGUUCGGCGCGUUCAUCAUCCUCUGCGGCCUAACCCAUAUGAUUAACCUCUGGACGUUUGGGGUUCACUCCCGCUCGAUCGCGGUCAUCAUGACGAUCGCGAAAGGGUUAACAGCGAUAGUUAGCUGCGCAACGGCCGUGAUGCUGGUGCACAUCAUACCGGACUUGCUGUCGGUCAAAGUGAGAGAGAUGUUCCUCCGGAACAAGGCGGGGGAGCUGGACCGAGAGCUGGGCAUGAUGAAGACUGCGCAAGAGACGGGGCGACACGUUCGCAUGCUGACGCACGAGAUUCGCUCGAGUUUGGACCGACACACGAUCCUGCGGACCACCAUUGGCGAGCUGGCGCGUACACUGCAGUUAGAGGAGUGUAUGCUGUGGAUGCCACAGCGCAGCGGGGCGGACCUCCAGCUCACACACCAGCUCCACCCGCCCUCCUCGCUGGUGCCCAUCACGCUCGCGAUGAACGACCCGACCGUGCAGGACGUCAUGCAGAGCCCCGGGGCGAUCGAGAUUUCUCCCACCUCCACUCUCUCGCUUGCCGCCACGGCGAAUGUGUAUCCGGUCCAAUGGGACGGCAGCUCGCACUCCCAAAACGGCUUCACCAAAGGCCCCUUGACCCUUACCGCGCAACCCCAGUUCGGCGACGCUGUCGCGAUCCGCGUUCCGCUGCUUCACAUGGCAAGCUUCAACGAUGGAGAAGAGGGAGAGAACCAGCUGUUUGCAAUCAUGGUGCUUAUGCUCCCGGGAAACAGCGCAAGAAGGUGGCACCAACACGAGCUGGAGAUAGUGGAAGUUGUUGCGGAUCAGGUUGCGGUUGCGCUGAGUCACGCUGCGAUCCUGGAAGAGUCACUGAGAGCAUGUGACCAGCUACAAGAGCAGAACGCGAGCCUGGACGGAGCGCGGCGCGAGGCAGAGAAGGCGAUUCAAGCAAAGAACGACUUCUUGGCGGUGAUGAACCACGAGAUGCGCACGCCCAUGCACGCAAUCAUCGCGCUGUCGUCUCUUCUCCAAGAAUCGGAGCUCACCCCUGAGCAGCGCUCCUGGACUGGGACGGUUCUCAAGAGCGCUAACCUGCUGGCGACACUCAUCAACGACGUGCUUGACCUGUCUCGAUUAGAGGACGGGAGCCUGGAGCUCGAGGCGAAGGAUUUCAACCUGCACACGGUUUUCAAGGAGGUUACCAACUUGGUCAAGCCGAUCGCCUCGGUCAAGAAGCUCGUCGUGACUAACCAAAUCGCGGCCGACGUCCCGGAGCUCGUCACUGGGGACGACAAGCGCCUCAUGCAGACGGCGCUCAACGUCGUCGGGAACGCCGUCAAGUUUACGAAAGAGGGCUCCAUUUCCAUGACGGUUUGCCUCGAACGGCCGGAACUAGAGCGGGACCCAAACACCCCCGACUUUCAACCGGUGAAUACCACCGAGUACAUUUACAUCAGGGUUCAGGUGAAGGACACUGGUCGGGGCGUCGACCCGAGCACCAUUCCGAAGCUGUUCAACAAGUUUGCGCAGCCUGACGGAACCGGGGGAAGGAGCGGAGGGGGAACCGGACUGGGCCUCGCAAUUUGCAAACGGUUUGUGAGCCUCAUGGACGGACACAUCUGGUUGGAGAGCGAGGGCAUCGGGAGGGGUUCCGUGGUAACCUUCGUGGUUAAGCUGGGGUUGCCCAUAGCCCAGGUCGAGGCCGCUGCCACAAGCGCACCCCCUUCGCUUCGGAACCGGACCGACUUUGCGGGGGUUAGGGUCUUGGUUACGGAUGAUAACAGUGUGAACCGGAUGGUGACACGUGGUCUUCUCAUCCGCCUGGGGUGUGACGUCACGGUGGUGGGCUCUGGGCGGGAGUGCCUGGCAGCAAUUGCAAAACCGGACCAAAAGUACCAGGUACUCCUUUUGGACGUUCUGAUGCCGGACAUGGACGGGUAUGAAGUCGCGACGCGUAUCCAAGAGCGACUCAGCAAGAACGAACGCCCGUUGAUGGUCGCCCUAACAGCGAACACGGACAAGCGAACCCGGGAGAAGUGCCUGAAAUUGGGAAUGGAUGGCGUGCUGCUAAAGCCAAUCUCGCUCGAGAAGAUGCGGCGGUGCUUGAACGAGAUCUUGACGACCGGGUCUUUGAGCGAGAACAAGCAGUGAGAAGCGGCGGGUUCUGAAGACGCAACCUUGUGUCUCAGGAGUUGUAUGUGACGACGUGAUAUCCUGAUGGCAGAUAACAGAGUCAUGUAGACGGGUUUUGAUGGCGAGUUUACUUUUAUUGGAGCGUAUCGUGAGGUGUUACAUACUUAGUGUCGACAGUCAUUUGUGGCGACCACCAAUAUGUUGGUUAUGCUAGCUGGUAGCGAAACAAAGCCCUUUGCAAACUUCUCCACGUUUACCACUCAAGGCACAUCAGUGUCAGCAAUGCGCAGCUAUGAUUCUUCUAUGUGAAUUGCAC